CCCGGAAGGCAUCGCCCACGACGUCUUGAGAGCUCCCGACCUCUGGUGCUUGGCUGCAAGUACUACCCUGACCGUCCUGACAAGCAGUUUGGGACCUGAAGGUGUCGGUGCGGGCAGUGAGGACCAGCCCCAAAUGCUGCCUGCGUGACCAAGCCAUUUUAAAGGUCAUCAGGCGGGACUGCCCCCUAUGCUCCUCCUCAGACCGUCAGGCCCUAGUCCAGCCCGGAGGAGGAUCGCUAGCUAGAGCGAACUGGUCCAUUGAUAGCUGUGGACAGCUGUUUUGGCUGAUCUGAAAGGACGCACCUUCCUUUCCGGGUUGCCUCUGUGGAGAAGAGCCGCACGGUGUCCUGGGAGCCAGUGAGGCCAGCUCACUGACCUCGCCUCGCCUCCCUCUCCUAACUCUCAUUUCUGCGGAGCCGGCUGCCCGUGGCUCUUGCGACGUUCCCGGACCCCAGCCGCCUGUCUGAGGCGCUGGAGGCCAGAGUCCUGCAGCCUGUGCAGGGUCCGCUCAUUAGUGGGCGCGAAUGGGUGACGUGGCGGGGCCUGAGCGUGGCCCGGGUCCCUCAGGCCAGCUGCUGGUGGGAUGGAAAUCCUGCAGGAGGUGAUAUGGACCAAUGGGAGCACAGUGCUGCCCCAACCUCUGGCUCCCAACAUCAGUGUGCCACAUCGCUGUCUGCUGCUGCUCUACGAGGACAUUGGCACCUCUAGGGUCCGGUACUGGGACCUCUUGCUGCUCAUCCCCAAUGUGCUCUUCUUCAUUUUCCUGCUCUGGAAGCUUCCAUCUGCUCGGGCCAAGAUCUGCAUUACCUCCAGCCCUAUUUUUAUCACCUUCUAUAUCCUGGUGUUUGUGGUGGCGCUGGUGGGCAUCGCUCGGGCCGUGGUCAGUAUGACGGUCAGCACCUCGGAUGCUGCAACUGUUGCUGAUAAGAUCCUGUGGGAGAUUACCCGCUUCUUCCUGUUGGCCAUCGAGCUGAGUGUGGUUAUCCUGGGCCUUGCCUUUGGUCACCUGGAGAGCAAGUCAAGCAUCAAGCGUGUGUUGGCAAUCACUACUGUGCUGUCUCUGGCCUACUCUGUCACCCAGGGGACACUGGAGAUCUUGUACCCUGAUGCCCAUCUUUCAGCUGAAGACUUUAACAUCUAUGGGCAUGGGGGCCGCCAGUUCUGGCUGGUCAGCUCCUGCUUCUUCUUCCUGGUAUACUCUUUGGUGGUUGUGCUUCCCAAGACCCCUCUGAAGGAGCGUAUCUCCCUGCCUUCGAGGAGGAGCUUCUAUGUGUACGCAGGCAUCCUGGCGCUGCUCAACCUGCUGCAGGGGCUGGGAAGCGCGCUUCUCUGCGCUGACAUCAUCCAGGGGCUCUGCUGUGUGGACGCCACCACGUUCCUCUACUUCAGCUUCUUCGCACCCCUCAUCUACGUGGCCUUCCUCCGGGGCUUCUUCGGCUCGGAGCCCAAGAUCCUCUUCUCCUACAAAUGCCAAGUGGAUGAAACUGAGGAACCAGACAUGCACCUGCCCCAGCCCUAUGCUGUAACACGGCGGGAGGGUCCAGAGGCAGCAGGUGCUGCCAGCACACAUUUCGACUCAGCCGGCGGGGUGUCCUACCUGGAUGACAUUGCUUCCAUGCCCUGCCAUAUGGGCAGUAUCAACAGCACGGACAGUGAGCGCUGGAAGACUCUCAAUGCCUAAGUGCGGUUGUCCUGGUUGGAAAGAGUGCUGGGGCCCAUGGAGGGCAGAUGGAAGAGGAGGUCAGGUAGCACAGAGUCCCUGAAGGAGGAGGAUAAGGUCAUGAGACCUUGUGGGUGGCAGCAAUGUGCAGGCCCUGUUCUUCCCACUGGGCCCCUAGUUCCCCUCAGCCGCCUCUGCUCUAGCUGCCCCUCUCCCUUCCAUCUGCCCUUGCCCUGUUCUGCAGCAUGGCCCAGACUUUGAUCUCCCAGGGCAAGGCUUGGCUAGACUAGCUGAGGGCACUUCUUUUCUCCCAAGGAGAAAGUCUGGGCAUCUUGGACUGAUCCCCUCCCUACAGCACUUUGGCCUUCUUAAAGCCCACUCUGGUAGGUGGGCUGAAGAGUGUAUAGUUUCUUGAUAUAUUUUUUAAUAAAAAUGAAAAGGAGUAGAAGGUGUUGCUGUGGAGAUUCUGCAGGAGUACUGCGACUGGUUCCUUUCAGGAGCUCAAGGGCCAGGGUAUUCAGAUGUUCUGGCAGAUCCUUCUGUAUCCUGAGCCCAGGGAGGUCCAACCAAGGAACACUGCUAGCAGGUAGGCCCUGCUGGCUGCUGGGAGGUGGAGUGAAAUCUGACCCUAGCCAUCCCCAUUUGAGUGGAGGAGACAAAUGUGGAAAAAGAUUUGUGUUUCUGUGGACUUUUUUGUUGCCCUGUUGAAGAGUGUAGGGGUUGGAAUAAACUCUUUGGGUCCUGUCCUAUCUCUCCUCUUUCUGCUCCAUUGACUUGAGCCAUCCACUCCUUCCUGCAGUUCCAGUUUUACCCUCUGUAAAAGGGGAUAAGAAGCCCUGUCCUGCAAGGAUUUUGUAAGGACUAGAAAAUAGUGUGAAUGACUGGCAUUUGGGAAUGUAACAAUAAUGAUAGUGUAUUGUUUUUAGCCUUUAGAAUAGAGCUUGGAAUGCAGUAGGCACUCAGAAGACGGGAUACUGGGGGAUGAUAUUCAUGAUAAGAAUGGAUGCAAUGAGGUAAAAUGGGGAAAGUCAGAGUAAAACAAUGGGUUGGUAAAAUGAAAAUAAGAGGAAGAUUCCAUGUGUCCAUAUUACUGCUGGUGUAGCUAACUUUGGCUUUGAAUUGUUUGGCAGCCAGAGGAAGAAGGGAGUUAUAAUUCUAUAAUUUCCAGUGUCAGAAAGGAGGAGGUCUUAGCUGGGGCUGGGAGUAUUGAGGGUCAGGCCUGGCACUCACCUCCGCUGCUGCCCCUUUUCUCAGGAGUGCAUGAGAGCACCGGCUCCAACACAGUUUGUGAUAGUGGGAACAAUGUGCCAAUCUCCCCAGGACCGUGGGCCCAGAGGGCUGACAGUGGCAUAGGGAUGGCAAGGGCAAAGGCACAGCUGGCUAGCCGGGCUCCCAGUUGAGGGGACCCCAGGGCUGCUGGAGGAUCCUGGCAGGAUUCUCCACUUGGUACACUUUGCUACAACCUCACAGCAUUUGAAGAAUCCUGUUGGGUGAGAAAGGAAAGCCUUCAGAGUGUUGGAGGCCACAUGGGGCAGUGGUGGGGGCUGACAGUCAAAUCCAGAGCUGGGUUCAAUAUUGGGAGCCUUUGAUGCUUAUACAAUCUAAGACAUCAUAGUGACAGCCUAGUUUACUCAGUGAGAUUACUGAGUAAGCAGCCAAGUCCUCAUGGAGGUGUGAACAGAAGAAAAGAGGUAAGUUAGAAGCCUGCUGCUUUUUUGUUCUGACUUGAAAGUUUGUUUGUUUCUUUAAAUAAGUAACACAUGUAGGUGGCAAAAAAAAAAAGUUCAAGCAACAAGGGUUAUACAGUAGGAGGUGAAUCUCUGUGACUUUGACAUUCAGUUUUCCACCCUGCCUCCCAGAGUCACUGUGAGGCUGGAGGUGGGUGGGUAGGGGUGUCUGUAGUCUUGUGGAAGUAGGUGUAUGUGUGUGUGUAUUACCCCUGGUUUGAGAAUAUAAAUGCUCUGUAGCUUGUUUUCCCCACUAGAUAAUUGAUCUGGUAGUGAUCAUUCACUUUGGCAGUGGUAUGUAUCAUUAUGGAUACGUGGCAAUUUAUUUAACCAGUCCCCUCAGGAUAGGCUUUUGUUUCUAAUAUAUUUGACAACAACAAACAAUGCGGCAACAAAAAUUAUUAUAAAUAAGCUUUUGGUAACUCAUGUAAGUAUAAUUGUUAGAAUACACAAUCUUAAUUAAAUUGUUUUAUUUAGUCUUAUAGUCUUCUGGCAGAGAUUAAUAGCCAUUUUCCAAUAUGUACUCUCCUUUUCCUCCACUGUAAUAGAAUCCCUGAUUUUUAGCUGGAUACACAGCUGCCUGGAAUAAAGACUAUAUUUUCCAACUUUCCUUGCAGGUAGGUGUGGCCAUGUGACUAAGUUCUGGCUAAUGGGAUGUAAGUGUGCAUGCAACUCCCUCAGAAAGAGGGUAAGCCCUGUUUCCUGCUGAACUGGGCUGUGGUUGCAAUGGCUGGAUUGUCGUGACCGUUUGAAUCAUAGGGUUAUCUUGGGAAUGCAAGCCUCCCAUGACAGUGCAAUAAGAUAAAAGGAACUCAUGUCCCUGAUAUGUGGCACAUUCAUUACAACCCUGGGUUUCCUGCCUUCAGGUGAUUUUCUGAACAAGAGCGAGAAAUAAACAUCUGUCUUGUUUAAAUUACUUUGGAUUUUUUUUCUUAUAGUUGAACCUAAUCUGAACCAACACACCUUUCAUAAAGGCUGGACUAGUCUAGUUUUAACUCCUGCCAGAACAGCCUGACCAACACUAUGUGCUGUUCAAAUUUUCCAAUCCUCCUGAGGAGCCCUAUUAAUGUCUGUUCUGCUUGGAUCACAUCUCGUGUGCUAUGCAUGGGUGGGAGCAGACAUUAUGUAGAAGAAUGGCCAGGAUGUCUGGGUUCUGGCAGCCACAGUAUGAUGAUGGAGUUCACUAAAUGUGGCCCAAGUUUCAGUCUUACCUCCUCAAUGCUGCUGCUCAUGGGCUGUGGACCUUGGGUAAGUCAAAUCCUUUCAUAACCCUCAGUGUCCUCAUUAGUGACGUGAGGUAGCAGAUGACUAGUUGCUACCUGAUAUCCAUUUUUCCUCCUUUAGUAACCACACCCUGAUGUUUUAUGGGUUAGUGAAGCACCCAGGUAAAAGGU